AGGAUAAUUGGACGCAUUAGGAAUUUCGGCUAUAAAUUCUCAAAACAUUCUUUGCCACUCUCACGGACAGAUUCCUCUCUCUCUCUCUGAUCCUCGCUUCUUGUUUACUGUCGGUUUCCCAUGGCCAGCGUUGAGGUGGAAUCAACCCCAGCCGCCGAGGUUGAGGCCAUUCCCAUUACUCCGGAAACUCUGACGUUCCCGGAAUCCCCCGCUAUUGCAGAGCCGACGGCCGCCGCCAAGGAGAUCCUGAAAGAGAUCGAAGCCGCCCAAGCCGUCGUUGACUUUCCCGAGUCCGAAGAUACAGGAGCGAUCAAGGAGCACGAAGAAGAGGUGUCGCCCGAGGGAGUCAAAGAUGCGGCGCCGGUCAGCGAACUGGCGGCGGAGGAAAUAGAAGAGAAGAAUGAAACAGAGGAAAAAAAGGAAGAAGCGCCGACAGCCGCCGAAGCAGAGCCGAGUCUGGCGGCGGAGGAGGUGAAAGUUCCGGCUGAGUUGGAGGGUGAGAUUGAUACUCCGAAGGAGUUGGAGGAGAAAAAAGCUGACGUGGCAGACUGAUCCGGAGCAAGUGUUGAGAAUACGUAUCUAUAUAUGGUAUGAAUGGUAGAUGCAUGUAUGUGUUAUGCAAAUUUAAAUUGAUGCUUAUGACCGUGUGUAAAGAAGAUGGUUAUGAUGUUGUGAUGGUUUGGUGAUAUAUGUGGAGGAAAUAUUGGUAGGUGAGAGAGUGUUGGGAGAGAUUGUGUGCAUACAUACUAAUAUUCGAUGUCCAUAAUUGCGUUGCAUGGUCCUAAUAUUUUCUCUUAUUUGUAUGGUAUGAGAUUUGAGAUUUGUAAUAUGAUAAAAUAUUGGUGUUCAAAUUCUUAA